CCUCCUUCUCCAACUUCCUUUCCACACCGCAGACCCGCCGUCUUUUUUCGUCGACGACCAAAUCGCAAUCAUGUCUCAAUCAGGAGCCAAGGUUUCCCCCCAGGUCUCGGAGGAGUUCCAGAAGCUCAAGCGAAGCAACGACAAGAACCGACUCCUGAGAUACAUCAUCUUCAAGCUGUCCGACGACUACUCCGAGAUCGAGGUCGAGCACGCUGAGCCCGACAGCGACUGGGAGAACUUCCGCGAGAAGCUCCUCAGCGCCACCUCCAAGAGCAAGACUGGUGCUGUUGGCAAGGGUCCCCGCUACGCCGUCUACGACUUCGGCUUCAAGUUUGACGGCCGAGACAUCAACAAGAUCAUCCUCAUUGCCUGGUCUCCCGAUGAUGCCGGUGUCCACCCCAAGAUGAUCUACGCCGCCUCCAAGGAGGCUCUCAAGCGAUCCCUGGAAGGAUUCGCCUACGAGAUCCAGGCCAACGACUCUGACGACCUCGAGCACUCUUCUAUCCUCAGCGCCGUCCUCGCCAAGAUGAACGCAUAAGCGACACCUGCACUCACGACGAUCUGAUGCAGUGAUGCAAGGGGAUGCGAGGGACAGCUACGAACGGGAAGCAAAAGAAGGGAGGCACUGCCGUGUGUCCUCUGUUUAGAAUUGGGCGUGCUGGAUCGAGGGGGGCUAUGCUUAUUCCGAUGGAUAGGCAUGGGUAAUUUUUCACACAAAGUGCUAGCGCUGCAGAUGAUGAUGUAUACCGUACCAGGGGAAAAUCAGAUUCACAUUUUUUGU